AUGCUUGGAACUUUGACUGUAAUCAUUCUGUUUACCGGGACACUGGCAGAUCAUGAGCCACGAUUUGUACACCGAGGUAAUCGCUGGCCAAGAGGAGAGGUCCCCUACAGAUUCAGCUACAAUAUAGGUAUUGUUUGGGCGACCACGAUCAGAGAGGCUAUUUUGGAGGUUGAGGAAAUCGUAAAUGGUCAUGUAAUAGCUGGCACCGAACCAUGUCUGCGGUUCUGGCAUUCUUCGGAUUCGGAGUCAGUGACGUCAUACCUGUACUUCCACGUUGGUGACGACGGUGUUUGCGGCACCGCCAGCGGUAUGACGAAAGGGAGACAUUUUGUGUUUCUCGAUGCCGACUGUCAACACAAGUCUGGAGUCAUGAUGAUGCUACUGCUUGCACUUGGUCUUGACUACGAGCACAGACGUCCAGACAGAGAUAAUUAUGUCACUGUCGAAAUUGAUAACGUCCGUGACGGCUAUAAGUCGAUGUACCAAAAAUUGAGUCCCGCAGAUGACGAACUUCUUGGUAUUCCAUACGACUUCGAAUCCUUGACGCAUUUCUCUCCAUAUCAGAACGCAAAUAACAGCUUAUCUCCAACAAUGACAUCGACCGUUAGCUCCUCGUCCCUCGGCAAUAAGGACCGGAUGAGUGUCAGUGACGUGAAGAAGCUGCAGAUAGCCUAUGACUGUGCCAAUGACACCACAGCACUGUUAAACAAGUACAGUGACGUAGUCAGCUGUUCGUUCCAAAAAUCUUCAUGUGAGCUUACAUAUUAUGUAAGAUAUGAUAUUUAUAACCACCAAUUCCAGAAUCAGUGGCAACGACGAGUGGGAGCUCUGCCACACAAUGGACCAACAGGAGACAACUCUAACGGGCGCGGUACCUACCAGUAUACGACGCAGAGUGACGCUUGGUUGAGGACGAAUUAUAAUUUACCCGCGGGAACCUACUGUAUCCAUUUACACUAUUGUAUCGCCACCACGAGAAACACCACGCCCACCCGUGUCCAACUGAAGACACAUACUAAUUCUGUAUUUGCUGAAGGUCAUUACGUUAGCAAGGCGUGGACUCCAUUAAAUAUCACCCAUGUAGAGACAUCCCGAUGGCAGCUAUGGAUAGGAUCGGUCAUCGGCUCCAGCGGUGACGCAUUGGCCGUGGACGACGUGUUUGUCACCUCCAGUGCCUGUCCGUCCCUGUAGU